AAGAAUUGUGUCCUUGCUUGGAAAAAUUAUCUAUUUCAAGCUGAAUUUUCUACCAAUAUGUUCCUCUUAGGUUUCUUCUUUGUUCGAUUAUUAGGAGCAGUAGAUAAGAUUGCUUUUUGGGUGGAUCUCAACUCCAUUGUGGACAUGUUGACUAUUCCACCUAUCAUUGUGGCCGCUCUUCUAAACUCGGAUUGGCAAGGUCUAAAAUUUUGUCGGUCUUUAAUAAUAUGUAAAAUUCCUGAUACUUUACGAUAUUUUGGUAUACUAGCGUCAAGUGAACGGACAAAGGUGGCAAAGAUGAUUUGUAAUAUCACGGGUUGGUGGUUAGCAGCUGCCGGAGCAUUUCAUUUGAUUGAGACCAAUGGAGACCCUUGGAAUGUUCCUUCGAAUGCUCGUACCAUUAGCUAUUUCGAGAGUGUUUGGUAUCAUAUGGUUACAAUGUCAACUGUAGGGUAUGGUGAUAUAGUUCCUAACACUAUUCUUGGGAGAGUCUUUGCCAUGAUAUUUAUCAUAGGAGGAUUGGCUUUAUUCGGUAGCUAUAUCCCGUUACUUGCUGAGAUUUUAUUUAGCAAGACAAAAUAUCAAGGUCGCUAUAUUCGCGCUAGUGAAAAAACGCAUAUUAUCGUAAGUGGUUGCAUUAAUGGUGAUAAUGCAAAAAAUUUUUUACGAGAUUUCUUCCAUAAAGAUCGUGUGAAGGGCAAUAUUAAAGUCGUUUUCUUGAGCAAAAAUAAACCUUCGCCUAAGAUGGAAGAGGUCCUGAAAAAGAAUUUUGCUUCAACGUUAUACUUACAAGGUUCAGUGCUAGAGCCAGAAGAUUUGGACCGAGUAGCGAUCAAAGAAGCCAAUGCUUGCAUCAUCCUGUGUGAUAAAUCUUGUGCAGAUCCUGAGCGAGAUGAUGCAGAAAAUGUCAUGAGGGUCAUUGCUAUCAAAAAUUAUAUGCCAUAUAUGAAAGUCAUUGUGCAAAUCAACCGAUAUAAAAGUAGAUCUGUAUUACAAAAUAUUCCUAGUUGGAGGCCAGAGAAGGGAGAUGCUGUCAUUUGUCUGAGUAGUCUAAAACUUGGAUUAUUUGCUCAAAGUUGUUACAGUCCAGGCUUUUCCACAUUAAUGACCAAUAUCUUAACAACUCGAUCUACCAAUGGAGAAUCAGCUUGGCAUUCUGGAGAUUGGCUUUCACAGUACACAAAUGGAAGCGCUCAUGAAUUAUAUACCAGAAAGCUAUCCGCAGCUUUUCAUGGCUUAUCAUUUGCAGUAACUGCCGAAGUAUGUUAUCGUCAGUUGAACUUGCUACUACUUGCAAUCGAGUUUAAGGACCCUAUUACUAGAGAAAGAAAAUUUUACGUCAAUCCUUCUAGCAAGGAAGCUAUUAUUACCGAGAAUACGUUCGGCUACUUUAUUACUGAUUCUUCAAGAGAUACUAGAAGGGCGUUUGAUUAUUGCGGCACUUGCCAUGCUGAUAUUCUUGAUCCGAAGAAAAUUCUUAAAUGCCAUUGUAAAAAUGCGAGUAAUGGGCUUGCUUCCACAUCUCGUCAGUAUGACAAUCAACGUGACAGUAUAGUAAAAAAGUCAAUGCAUCUAUUGGAAGAUGCAGCUGGGUGUCCUGUUAGAGAUUUUGCUUUUGACUCGACUGGGAUGUUUUACUGGUCCAAGAAAAAAGAACUUGAAGAUGUUAUACUGGAUCGUGAUACCGUCUACGAAGAUAUGCAUAGCCAUGUUGUUAUAUGUGCCUAUGGCGAUGAUAAUACAGCUCCUGUUGGCUUAGCAGCCAUUAUUGGACCUCUUAGAACAUCAAAUAUUCCCAUUGAUGAACUAAAAACAAUUAUUAUACUAGGUGAUAUCCAGUAUAUUAGGAAAGAUUGGGAAAACAUCUGCAACUUUCACAAUGUCUAUGUGAUGCAUGGCUCGCCUCUACGACGUGGAGAUAUCCGAUCUGUAAACAUUAACCUGUGUGAUAUGUGUAUUGUAUUGGCGAUUAAAACUAAAUUCGAUAUUGACGAUCCAUUUCUGGAGGAUAGGGAGUCAAUAUUAGCCUCUCUUAAUAUCAAAGCAACUGAUUUUAAACCAAUUGAUUUACCUGAUAAAGAAAUCAUUGGCGGUGUGUUUAAUCGACCUGGUGGUGUACCAACAAAGGGACAUCAAGUUCCUAUGUUAAUUGAUCUAGUUAACGGAGAUAAUGUCGAAUUUGUUGACGAUGAUGAUGAUGAUGAUCCAGAUCUAGAGGUUCAUUUAACUCAACCAUUUGCGUGUGGCACUGCAUUUGCAUCAACCGUACUAGAUAGUUUGACAAGUAUGGUUUAUUAUAAUAGAUCAUGUUUAAGUAUCAUUAAAGGGUUAGUUACUGGUACAUUUACUCAAGAGUUAGAACGUCAACUUGCUGAAUAUAGCCGCUUACAGCCCGGUAGUAAUCUAUCAUGUGAAUUUUUGCAAUCAUCUCGUGAUCGUUGUCGAGUUUCACAAUUAGGCUUAAAUGAAAUGCCUUUGGCAGAAUUUGCUGUAGCUACUUGUUCUUUUGGAGAAUUAUUCAGUUUCGCUAUGAGGACAUACUCUAUUAUGUGCUUGGGAGUUUAUCGAUUGAAAAACACCGAUCCUCGAAGUUUAUGCAGGAAACGUUUUGUGAUUACAUUACCACCUAGUAGGUUUAUAGUUCUUCCAAGUGACAGAAUAUUUGUGUUAGUUCCGUUU